CUCCUUGUCGAUGUGGAAGGAGCUGUGAGCUUUGCGAUAAUCCUUACUUCACCUUCACACGCAACUACAACAACAAUCUACAGUUCUAUACUUUUCAAACUAAUGACAGCGGGCGGCCCAAGGGCACUUGCCUGAGACUGUCAAGAUGCAGUGCUAUACAGAGCUCACGCCGCCGACUGGUGUGCAACACAGUCUCAGCCUGCCAUUCCUCUCAGCGCAAAGCAACAAUCUGGUCGUCGCAAAGGGCUCUCUGCUGCAGAUCUUCACUACAAAGACGAUUUCUUCCGAAAUCGACACUUCGCAAGCUCGAGAGCAACAGACUUCCAGAGCUGAAAAUCCGUACGACCACCGAUUGAACGACGAUGACGGCCUCGAGUCCUCCUUCCUGGGCGGCGACGGCAUGCUGGUCCGCGCCGAUCGCGCCAUCAACACCAAGCUCGUCCUCGUCGCCGAAUACCCGAUUUUUGGUAUCGUGACGGGCCUCGCAAGGAUCAAACUCCAAUACUCGAAAUCGGGAGGCGAGGCUCUCCUCAUUGCUACAAGAGUUGCCAGACUGAGUCUGGUCCAGUGGGAUCCCGAGAAACACGCACUCGAGGACAUCUCCAUUCACUACUACGAGAAAGAAGAACUUGAAGGCUCACCUUUCGACGGCCCAUUGAACAAUUACCGAACACACCUCGCUGCCGAUCCUGGCUCGCGAUGCGCGGCCCUCAGGUUUGGCCCCAGAUACAUCGCCUUUCUCCCUUUCAAGCAAGCCGAUGAGGACAUAGAUAUGGAUGACUGGGAUGAAGAUGUGGAUGGACCUCGGCCGGCAAAAGAGCCGUCAGCAACAGCGGCCACAAAUGGAACUAGCAACAUAGCAGAUGUACCAUACUCAACAUCAUACGUCCUCCCUCUACCGCAGCUUGAUCCCAGUCUCCUUCAUCCUGUGCACCUCGCCUUCCUGCAUGAGUACAGAGAACCCACCUUUGGUAUCAUCUCCUCGACGCAGCGGCGCUCCAACACCUUACCUCGAAAGGACCACUUCUCCUACAAAGUCUUCACUCUCGACUUGCAGCAGAGGGCCUCGACUGCUAUUCUCUCCGUCAACAACCUCCCGCAAGAUCUUUUCAAAGUCAUUGCUCUUCCUAGCCCUGUCGGAGGUGCACUUCUCGUCGGUACAAACGAAUUGAUUCACAUCGACCAGUCCGGGAAGCCUAACGGCGUGGCCGUCAAUCCCUUCACCAAGGAAACCACCAACUUUCCUCUCGCGGACCAGUCCGAUCUGGAUCUGAGGCUCGAGCAUUGCUACAUUGAGCUCAUGUCUGCCGAGAACGGAGAGCUACUCAUGAUACUCAGCGAUGGUCGGCUAGCUAUCAUCACAUUCAAAAUUGAUGGACGGACGGUCUCAGGCGUCGGCGUGAAGCUAGUGCCUACGGAAGUUGGCGGCGGCAUUGUGCAGUGCAGCGUGUCCACCAUUUCGAGACUUAGCAGGAACGUCUUCUUUGUUGGGACCACGGGCAGUGAUUCCCUGGUUCUUGGCUGGACGCGGAAACAGGCGCAGAACGCACGGAAGAAGACACGGUUGGUUGACGACUCUUUCGAGUACGACCUCGAGGACGAAGACAUGGAAGACGACGACGACGACGACCUCUACGGCGAAACGACGACGACAAUGAUCCAGCCUGGAGCGACAGCCAACGGAGUUUCCAAGGGAGGAGAUUUGACGUUUCGGGUCCAUGAUUCCUUGCUCAGCAUCGCUCCGGUCAAGGACAUGACAUCGGGCAAACAGGCCUUCAUCCCAGAUAGCGAGGAAGAGAAGAACUCGGUUGGUGUCGUGGCCGAUCUCCAGCUCGCAUGCGUGGUGGGGAGAGGCAACGCUGGCGCUGUCGCUAUUGUGAAUCAGAAGAUCCAGCCCAAGGUGAUCGGGAAAUUCGAGUUCCCAGAGGCGAGGGGUUUUUGGACCAUGUGUGUCCAGAAGCCCGUACCGAAGUCUCUGCAGGGUGACAAGGGAGCCAAUGCGGCAGUUGGCAGCGAAUUUGAUGCCUCAUCUAAAUACGACAAGUUCAUGAUUGUUUCAAAGGUUGAUUUAGAUGGUUACGAGACGUCAGACGUUUAUGCUCUGACAGGCGCUGGGUUUGAAGCACUGACAGGGACCGAGUUUGACCCAGCGGCUGGCUUCACGGUCGAGGCUGGCACGAUGGGAAAGCACAUGCGCAUCAUUCAAGUGCUCAAGUCGGAGGUGCGGUGCUAUGAUGGAGAUUUGGGACUAAGUCAAAUUCUGCCAAUGCUUGACGAAGAAACGGGUGCUGAGCCGAGGGUCAUCAGUGCCAGCAUCACGGAUCCCUACCUUCUUCUGGUUCGGGACGACUCGAGCAUAAUGGUGGCUCAAAUAGAUAACAACUGCGAGCUAGAAGAGGUCGAGAAACAGGACGACACCAUUCUGUCGACAAAAUGGCUUGCGGGUUGCUUGUACACCGACACCACAGGCCUGUUUGCCCCUAGGCAAACGGAUAAGGGUACCCCGGAAGGCGAAAAUACCUUUAUGUUCCUGCUGAGUGCUGCGGGAGCCCUCUAUAUAUACGCACUUCCGAACCUCUCCAAGCCUGUUUACGUUGCAGCAGGAUUGACCUACGUUCCUCCAUUCUUGUCCGCCGAUUAUGCUGUCAGACGAGGCACCGUUCAGGAGACGCUGACUGAGCUCCUGGUGGCUGAUCUCGGAGACACUACUGCUACUUCACCAUACCUCAUUGUCCGUCAUGCGAAUGACGACCUCACAAUAUACGAGCCCAUCCGUCUUGAAUCUCAAGACAAAACUAUGGGCCUGGCAACAACUCUCCACUUCCAAAAGAUCACAAAUCCUGCCCUUGCAAAGAGUCCCGUCGAAGUUGCCGACGAUGAGGCCAACGAGCAGCCCCGAUUCGUCCCGCUGCGGCCUUGCGUCAACAUCAACGGGUACAGCACUGUCUUCUUGCCCGGCGCUUCGCCAUCCUUCAUCGUCAAGUCAGCCAAGAGCAGCCCGAAGGUUGUUGGGCUGCAGGGCAUCGGCGUGCGAGGCAUGAGCUCGUUCCACACCGAGGGUUGCGAGCGCGGCUUCAUCUACGCCGACUCGGAGGGCCAAACGCGCGUCACACAGUUGCCAGCCGAUUCCAACUUUGCUGAACUGGGUGUCUCGGUGCGCAAGAUCCCGAUUGGUGAUGCCGUCGGCUUGAUCGCCUACCACCCGCCUAUGGAGACGUACGCCGUCGCCUGUAGCAUCUCGGAGCACUUUGAGCUCCCCAAGGACGACGACUACCACAAAGAAUGGGCCAAGGAGACUACCACCAGCUACCCUCUGACGGAGCGGGGCAUCGUCAAGCUUAUGAGCCCGACAACCUGGUCCGUCAUUGACACCGUCGAGCUCGAGCCCCAUGAGGUCGCCAUGUGCAUGAAGACACUCCAUCUAGAAGUGUCGGAGGAGACCAAGGAGCGUCGCAUGCUCAUCACAAUUGGCACGGCCAUCAACCGCGGUGAAGACCUGCCCAUCCGUGGCCGCAUUCUCGUAUACGACGUCGUCCCCGUCGUGCCGCAACCUGGCCGCCCCGAGACGAAUAAGAAGCUCAAGCUCGUCGCCAAGGAGGAAAUCCCCCGCGGCGCCGUCACCGGCCUCUGUGAGGUGGGAUCACAGGGCCUCAUGCUUGUCGCCCAAGGCCAGAAGUGCAUGGUGCGCGGCCUCAAGGAGGACGGGACUCUCCUGCCUGUUGCAUUCAUGGACAUGAACUGCUAUGUCACCGCCGUACGUGAGGUCCGCGGCACGGGCUACUGCCUCAUGACGGACGCCUUCAAGGGCGUCUGGUUUGUGGGCUACGCCGAGGAGCCCUAUAAGAUGAUGCUAUUCGGUAAGAGCAUGGGCAAUUUCGAGGUCUUAACGGCUGACUUCGUCGUCGCCGGGGAUGAGCUGCACAUCGUUGUAUGCGACAAGGACGGUGUGAUCCACGUGAUGCAAUUCGACCCUGAGCACCCUAAGUCGCUCCAGGGCCACCUUCUCCUCAACCGCGCCUCGUUCUCCGCGGCGCCCAACCACCCAUCCAUCACCCUUUCUCUCCCGCGAACCCCCGUCUCCCCAUCCGCGACAUCCGUCUCCAAAAACCCGCCGACGACCCUCCUCCUCGCCUCCCCAACUGGCGCCCUCGCCUCCCUCACGCCCCUCUCGGAGCAGGCCUACCGUCGCUUGACGUCCCUCGCUAACAGCAUCGCCGGCGCCCUCCCCCACGCGGCGGCUACGAACCCAAAGGGCCACCGCCUCCAGCCCCUCGACGCGCGCACCCCAGGUGUCGACACCAGCGCGGGGCGCAGCAUCGUCGACGGCGCAUUGCUCGCGCGUUGGAACGAACUCGGCGCCGGCCGCCGGUCCGAGGUUGCCGGUAAGGGUGGCUAUGGCGACGUCCACGAGGUCCGGGGCGAGUUGGAAGGUGUCCUCGGAUGGAGUGGCAUGGCCUAUUUCUAGAGACUACCGAGUUUUGGAACGAAUCAGAGAGUGGUGAAGAACGGAUGGGGAACAUGGUAAAGAAGAAAAAGAGUUGAUAGUUUCGUUGAUCCUUUGACCUUCAGCGAGAUAAUUUCGAAUCUGUUGAUUUGUCGGGGGCUCUUCCUAGGCGCUGCCGAAGUAAGCUAGAUAGAGCAAAUCAUGGUAUUUAUGAGCAUGCCCAUUCCUGUCUUGUGUGGGCUUACCCACCCUCACCCGGCUCUCUGAUCCAAGUGUCGUCAAGAGGUCUGGUCACUGCUUCAUGCUCUAUAAAAGCGAAGACGUAUCUUGGGAAUUAUACAUAUAUGCAUGCAUUCCUGGCUCUGGAAUCUCUCAUUCCAUUCGUCGAGAAUGGCUGGACUGG